AUGCAUAUAUCUUUGACUCAAAAGCGAUUUAUUAGUCAGAGAACUUCUCUUGAUGAACAAGAAAUUAGCCGACGAAGUAGUAUUGCUGGAGCAUCCUAUAAUUUAAUUAAUUCAAUAGUUGGAUCUGGUGUUAUUGGUAUGAGUUAUUCUUUUCGACAAUCGGGUUAUUUUGUUGGAACUUUGUUACUUGGUAUGGUAGCUGUUUUAACUGAUUAUUCAACAACAAUUUUACUUCGUUCCGGUCAAAUGGCAAAAGCAACAACAUAUCAAGAACUUGUUUAUAAUGUACUUGGAAGGUCUGGUUUUUUAUGGCUUUCAUUAGUGCAAUUUCUUUAUCCAUUUAUUUGUCUUAUUUCAUAUAAUAUAAUUAUCGGUGAUACAAUAACUAAAGUUCUUCAUCGUUUAUGGCCAACAAUACCUCAUCUAUUUCAAAAUCGAUAUAUUAUUAUUUUUCUUUGUUCUUGUUGUGUUACUUUACCAUUAUCUCUUUAUCGAAAUAUAGCUAAAUUAUCUCAAGUAUCACUUACUGGUCUUAUACUUGUUUUAACAACUGUAGUAAUAUUAAUUAAACGUGGUUAUGAUACUAUACCAUUUAUAUCAUCUGAAGUUCGUAAUCUGCGUCCUGUGAAUACAAAUAUAGCUGAAAGUAUUGGUGUAAUGGCAUUUGCUUUUAUGUGCCAACAUAAUUCAUUUUUGAUAUAUCAUUCAAUGAAUGAAAAAACUCUUCCACGAUGGCGCAUUGUUACACUAAUAACAGCAACAAUUGCAUUCUUUUUUGCUGUUGCAUAUGCUCUUACAGGUUAUAUUGUAUUUGGUGAACAAACUGAAGGUGAUCUUUUGGAAAAUUAUUGUCAUUGGGAUACACUUAUUAAUAUUGCGCGACUUAUUUAUGCUAUAAAUAUAAUGCUGACAUUUCCAUUAGAAUGUCUUGUUUGUCGUCAAGUAAUAGAAAUUGUUUGUGGUAAAUGGAUAAAUUUAAGUUCAGAUCGUAGUCAUUAUAUAAUUACAAUUUUAAUUGUUACUACAAGUGUGAUAUUAUCAUUAAGUACAGAUUGUCUUGGAAUUGUUCUUGAACUUAAUGGAUUAUUAGUUGCAUCUCCUCUUGCUUAUAUUUUACCAGCUUUGUGCUAUUUAAAAUUAAAANUUUCGACUGGAUUAUUAGUUGCAUCUCCUCUUGCUUAUAUUUUACCAGCUUUGUGCUAUUUAAAAUUAAAAUCAAAUUCAUCUCAGUUUGUAUGUGAUAAUAUUUGUCCAUGUAUUAUACUGAUAAUUGGUAUAUUACUCACAAUAUCUGGUUUUGUUCUUCCGCUAAGACAUGCAUUACAAGAAGGUUAUUAUUGUCAACAUGGUAUUGAACCUCUUUAUUGUAAAAGUAUGUUUUCACAAACAAUAAAUCAUACAAUGAUCAAAAUUAGAGUAUAA